UCCUAUCGAUAUUUAUUGUGCAUGGCCUGGGAGGUGGUGCCAAAGCGGGUGUAGAGCCCCCCCUAAUAAAUCCCCGAACAAGCCACCGAUAACAAAAAAUAUUUAUAUUUCUUUUUGUGAAGAUAAUCAGAGAGCCGCCUGCACCCACAUUGGAUAUAAUUUGAUAUUCGAAAACGUUUUGUGCUUGCAUUCCGGAUUUCAAUCUAAGGCAAAUCCCCAUCUGGAACGUACUCUAGCAAACCAAUACGGAAAUAUGAAUAGGUUUUGGAUAAUCGCUUUACUUUUAGGAUUACAGCAAACAAAGCCAAUAAAUGGACAAUCGGAUGUGGAGGUGCAAUUAGUGGUCCCCAGAUAUGUGGAGCGCGGCUCCAGCGCCACAUUCAAGUGCAGGCACAAUGUCCAGCCGGAGAUCCUGUUCAAGGUGACAUGGCUGAAGGUUGACAAGGGCAAGUUCUUCGAGUUCAUAAACGGACGGAAUCCGCCGUUCCGGAAUUCCACCAUCGAGGGGGCCGAAAUUGACUGGGACAAUUCCAACGAGCAGCAGGUGACUCUGAAGGAUGUCCAGUUCGAUCUAUCCGGCCAGUUCUACUGCGAGGUCUCCACGGAUACACCCAUUUUCACCAAGGCCAGUGCCGACGAGCUCAUGAGCGUGUUCCUGCCGCAGACGGGUCCGCCCACCAUUAAGUUUCGCAAGCGAACGCCCUUCGCGGUGGGCGAGAAACUUUUCGCCCUGUGCAACACCACCCGCGGACGCCCCGCCCCCCACAUCACGUGGCUAAUCAAUGGGAAAAAGGUGGAGGACAAGUACGUGCGCACCCACCACGUGUUCUCCUUCAAUGGGAAGCACCAGCGUCGCACGCAGCAGCAGCAGCAGACGCAGCUGAGUCAGCAGCAGCUGCAGCAGCAGUUCUACCAGCAACAGUACUAUAACCAGUACCACCAGCAGUACCACAUCCCUGUCGGCCAAUUUAUGGACCGCUACGACAAGAGCCUACGCUGGCCAGCCGGAGCAAGAGCGGAUGAGUUUCCGCACUUUGUGUCGCACCACCACGAAGGACACGGCCACCAUGGUGGCGGCAGCAUCUACAACAAUCCCUUCGGAUCCCUGGCCAACUACCACGACGUGGGCGAGUUCCAUGAGGUUCACCAGCGCAACUAUGACAUCAACAAGAAGCUGGAGAUCAAAAAGCAGCAGCAGAUGGAACUGAAGAAGCACAGAAACAGCAACCGCAAGUACCGGCGCCACAUAAACGAGAACGCCUUGGGCAUCAUUCGCAGCACCCUGAACAGCGGUGGCUUUGGUCCACAGGCGCCCAAUAUGAACAAGGAGCUGGGCAUUCCCUCCAAUGCCGGUCCCAUGAACCAGCUGGCGGCGGGCUACCAGCGACCGCUCUCGCAUCCUGGCGGCGGGAGUGGUGUGGCAGCUGCAGCUGCUGCCGUGACCGCUGCCCAGCAGGAGAAGGGAAUGUUCAGCAUCAGUCAGCUGAACAUUGAGCUCACCGAGGAGCAUGUGGGCAGUAAUGGGCGCAUGGAGAUCACCUGUCUAUCGACGAUCCCAGCCACGGUGGGACAGGGCGAGCAGUACGCCGACUACAAGACGUACUCCGUGAAAGUUGAGGUCGAGCGCCAAGUUGCCUCCUCCACGUCAACGGCUCCGCCCAGCAUCGGAAUGGCGGCGCUGGGCAACGGUAAUGGACAUGGCAACGAGACCUCUGCCGGACGAAGGGCGCACGGUGGGGCGGUGUUGACGCACCUGUGGUCGCUGGCCCAGCUGCUGCUCCUUGUCCUGCUGCCCCUCAGCUACUAGAGGGACAGUGCAGGACACUGAGUAGGAGCCGGGAGAGGAGAAGACCACCGACGUACUUGCACACUCUGCAUGGUAGAAGGUAGAGCUACGGCCAAUCCAAGGGCAAUCACAUCAUCAUCAUCAUCCACAUCCACAUCGAGGACAAAAGCUGCAUCGGAGAAACCAAGUUGGAUUUUUUUGUAAAUUGUAUACCAAAUUUUUAAUCUGUUUGGAAGCCAAGAGAGAGAGCUCGAUUUAGCAGGAAAAUUAGCAGAGAGCUCAAAGGGGCAGAGGACAAUGCCGGGCGAAAGGAUUAAGGGAAUGUUACUUUUUUGCAUUUGUGCUGCUUGCCUUGGUCGGCCAAUUUAAAUAGUUUACUUGUAAAUAACUGCAGAUGAGCGAGGGAAGCGGCCGGGGAAUUUCAGCUUGUCUAGUUUUUUGUUGGUAGUUUGUGCGGCCACAGUGCCAAAGAGAAUGUUUGUAAUUAAGUUGCUGGCCGAGGGGAACUGCAGUUCUAUAGAAGAAUAGGCAUUCCCUUCCGGCCAGUGGCCAUUUUUUGGAGCACAAGGAUAAUUUUGUAUAGCUAAUUGAACACGAGAGAGAGGGGCUCAAGCCCCUGUGCUGAGAAACCAAACUUUGUGCUCUUCAAGGUCAGGCCUUGUCAAAAGUUUUUGGGCAAAUGCCGCUUCCCCUCUGGGAAAUCCAAAUGCAAACAGCCAGAAUUGAUUGGGUUGAAGGUUUUUAGGCGUUUCAAAGCAGCCGCUACGAAGCAUGUACCUAAAAUGCAUGAUCUUACACAGUGCAGUAGAGAACUACCGAAGGACAAACUGAAAACUCACAAAUUGAAAAACGAAAUUAAUGGAGACAUAUUUUUUACGGUAUUGUAGCGCUUCAGCUAGUCAAGGAUAAGGAUAGUCAGGGAUGUGGCAACUGAGGAGGGUUAGGCUAAGAAUUAGGGCAAUUGAAUUUAAGCGCCAGCCAGCAGCAGCAGCAAGUUAAAUACGAGUACCGUGCCCCUAACCGUACCCCAACCGUACCCCGUACCAAAGUACCCCGGAAAUAAACGUUUAAAUGUAAAAUAAUUAGACAGUUAAACCAAGAAGCUUACAGAAACAAUCAGUGUUGAAAACAUUUUGAGAAAACAAAGACAACAAAAAACAAAAGGACAGGCGGACCGAGAAAUGGCGCCCAAUAAGAUGGGGCAAGAAAUGGUGCCCAACAUGGCGGCCACAAAAAGGGCGCAGUUGGCGGCGCGUGGUGACCCGGGAAAGGGUCAAGACCCAGAGGGUUCGGCCACUCCGCCAAACAUUACGACGCUUAUUUAUUUAUUUUCAUUUCGGCCCCCUUAUUUUCGGUUCGUUGUGUGUGUAAAUGGUUAUGUCGUUGCAAUGGAGCGUUUAGUGUGUAGUUAGGAAAAUAUUUGCCGUUGCGAUUAAUUGUUUUCGUUUUUCGUUAGCGUUUUUCGGCCGCUUAAGGGAGUUAAGUAAAGCAAAGUAAAUCGCAGUGCUUAAAACUAAGUGCGGAUGUAUAUUUAGGAGCGCGCUUUAAGUGUCUAUGGCUAGAGGAGCAUUUUAAACACACGUAGCAUAACAAUGUAACUAUGUAAAGCAAGAUGAUAGCGACAACAAAACACGGACAACCCGGCAAAGUAAAUAUAUGUAAAGCAAUUAGUGGACUAGUCUAUACUCUAUACUAUACCGUAUAUACAUAUACACGAAACCAAAAUUAAAUGAGCGUCGCGUCUGUAUUGUGUGUGUAAUUAGGCUUCUAUUUUGACUUCUACUCGACGAUGGCGAAACCAAACAUAAUGUUAGUAAUACAAUUAAGCCUGCGAUGUUCUCCUACAGUUUGAACGAACGUGCGAAUCAGUUAAAGCAAAACAAACACUUGACAAUUAACAAUUAACAAUUGACAAAACCAAUUACAACUGCAAAUUGCAAAAUCUUGCCACAGUUGAAACAUUUUCCCGCGGUUGUCUCUCUCCUCAGUGAGUGCACACCGAUCGGAUAAUGCUUGAACGGACUACAAAACAAUUUUUAUAAAUGAAAUAUACUUAAUUAUGAUAACGGUGACAUCACGUGAAUGUAAUUGAAAACAAAGUUCAUAUUAUGUAUGAAAAUAUGGCUAAAAUGUCUUAUGCAGGUAUUGACGUCUUCCUAUGCUACGCUGUCUAUUAUUAACAGAAACAAAACAAAAAUUGAUUACAUUUAUAAAUUAUACAUUACGAUAGGUAUGCAUGCAAAUUUACUGAUUGCAUGCACUAAGAACUAAAUAAUAAAUAAAAAUGAAAAUGAAAAACAAAAGCAUAUUAUUAACACUUAUACACGACAAAUGGAAAUGCUUUAAUGUUAACCCAUGAUUUAUUCCUCUGUUUAGUCAAGACCGUAGAUUAUAUACGUACAUAUAGUUUUAGUUUUAGUAACAAUAUUAUGAUUAUGGUAUGCUAAUUUCCAGCCAUCAUUCAAUUCCAGAUAAUUUGAUUUGAUUUGUGAACUGUGGCGGGAGCUAUUUCCCACUCACCUAUCGGUUUGUGAAUCACUCGUACUAGUAAAUGUUUCCCACCAAUCUAUGAACAAGUGCAAACACACAUCACAACAUUACACUCGCCUACACGACCCAGCUUCCCACUUCCCACUUUCCCAGAGUACCCACUCGAUGUCAUACAUACACACACUCCACCCCACUUGUCUGUUCGUCUGUAUAAAUAUGCAAACUGCGUGUUGUCUACAUUCGAGAGUCUGUUGUCUCAGCAUAUAUCUGCAUGAAUGUGCAUAAUUGGCCAAGGACUAGAACUAGGAGAACCCCAGUCCUAGUUACAGUCGUGUCUACUAAUUAUGGGCCAUGCAUUCUAGCUCUCACUCACUCUCUCUCUCAAUCUCUGUAUCGAACAUAUAUAAAUGUGUAACUGUGUAAAAACUCUGUAUUUAUAUAGAUCGAGUAAGAGUACGUUAAGUGUGGCAGCAAUUCGCAAAACAUAUCAUAAAUGUUGUAACAUUUUCUCUACGCCAGAGAGACGAGUCUCGCGCCAAUUAACAUUUUUCAUGCUAAGCAUAUGGCAUUUAAGCCGUUUAACUAUAAUUGUUUGUUGAGGCCGAUAAAAGCAGUGGUAUGCAGACCGAAUGGCAUUCAUAUGCAAGUCAAUGGAAUGGCAUUAUGACGAUCGAUAUACAAAUCCGAACAUUAUAUUUAAAUGUUGUAUUUUGAUAGGUCGAAAGUCGAACAAAGGCACGACGACUGUGACUACCUUUAUCAUUUCACUCACAUCAAAAUCUUCCAAUCACACAUAUCAUUGCGUAUUGAACAAAGAGCAUAAAUUAUACAAGAUAUAUAUUGAAAUUAUGUAUACAACAUGGCAUACGGGAAAACCCCGAAGAUGAAUAAGAGAUGUAUAAAAUAAAUAUAUAUAUUUAUAGAGAAAAGGGCAUUAUUUAUUAAUUUUAAAACACAUACACCACAAAAAGCUUUAACUUUUUGUUCCCAUUGUUUAUCGGACACACAUUGAUAUAAUCGCACAAAGGCAUAUAUAAAAGUAUUCGAUAUUGGAUUCAACCUUAUUUCAAUUUCCCUCAUUUGUAUUGUAUAAAAUGUAUUAAGGUCUAAGAAAUUGUCUAGCGGAAUAGCUUGAAUUGUGGCUAAUCUUUUGAUUAAACUGAAUCCAAUUGAUACAAAUUGAACUCGAUAAACGAUUUAAACGAUUAACAGAUUUACGUAACGUGAACGUAAAUAUUUAUUUAUAGAUACAGACAUACCAAGCGAGCGAUACAAUGUAAGAACUGCAACCUAUGCAAGUCACACGCAAAAAUAACUGUGGAAUAUGUGUAUUAUUAUGAGUAUACUAACGCUAAGUACCACGAAUAUUAACCAGAGUCACAGCCGAGCAGCGGCUAACUAAGUGUAAAGUUUAAAACGUGUAAAAAUUGAAGCGAUGAACAACAAUUACGAUUACAAACUCAACCCAAAUUAUGGCGCCUACUGCUUGGCCAAUCUACUACACUGAAAAAAAGGAGAUAUACAGCAUAUUAAAUAUACAUACAGAAUACGAAUAUUUGUGGUAAA